AUGGGGCUACCAGGCUUCAUCAUGUACACCUCUCCCAGCAUACCACACUUCAGCCACGGCUGCACGGCAGUCUUCGUCGCAAGGCACCUGGCACAAACUCAGCUGCCCACAGACCAGCUGUCAUCAGCCGUGGUUGAAAUUACAGCUGCAAAGGUAAGCUUUGGAAAGGACGAACUCACUGUCGCCUCUGUUUACAUCCGUCCCAGCUCAGCGGUUACGGUGGACCAGGUACCUGACGACUUCCUGCAGCAAGUGCAGUCCUCCCUGCCAGGCCCUCUGCUUCUCUGUGGAGACCUCAACGUGCACCAUCCACUCUGGGAUUCCUGCAACGCUGACCGCAGUGGCCGACGCCUAGUGCAGUCUCUGGAGGAUUGCAGCCAGCUCGUCGCUAACACAGGUGAGAUAACCUUUUACAGGCCACCAGUAUCUACUGCUAUCGACGUCACCCUGCACACCCCGGACGUUCCUGCACACUGGGAAGUCGGAAUGGACAGCUGGGGCAGCGACCAUUUCCCGAUCGACGUGACCCUGGCCUACAAGCACCGGGCCCCGAAGCGCUGGACCACCAUCGUCGUGUGA